ACUAUAUUAGAGUGUGUGGUUGUUGCUGCCGGCCACGUCUUGCCGCGCGUCCGCUUGUGACCAGAAUAUUUAUGAAGACCAAACCCUACUAACGUCGAGGCAUUAUUGCUACAAAUUCGCCUGGGUAUAAGGAAGAGGAAGAUCUUUGACCUGUAACAGCAUACAUCAGUAAGAUAUACCAGACCUAGCAACAUGGCCGUUGUAUCAAAGUCUUCCACUCUUCUACUAGUUUUCCUUGGUCUUCUGAUCACGCAAAGAAUUAGUGCGGAGAACGUUCUGUUAGUGCCAACACCAUGCACGGAAAGCCUCUGGUUUACUUUAUCGAACAUCGGACAAGCUUUAGUAGGCAGGGGCCAUAUCGUCACGGUUGUUGUGCCAGAGGACAUAGCCGAAGAAAGACGAGCGGAAAGGCCUGACUUCAAGUUUGAGACAUUUCGUGACCAAGGAACUCAUGCAUUACUGAAGGAAAUUGAUGCACAAGAUCUAUCGAACAUUGAGUCAGAAACAUCGGUCUACCAAUAUGCAAGAGAUGUUACCAGUACAACUGAUGUGAUAACGAAACACUGUGACCUGCUGUUGGGAGACAUUGACUUGAUGAGUCGGCUGAAGGCAGCAAACUUCAGCCUUGUCGUUUAUGACUGCUGUUAUCCAUUCGGCGCCAUGCUUGCUCCACAUAUGGACUCCAGAGUCCCCUAUAUCGCCACCUUGCGUACUGAACUUUAUUUCCUUCGAGCUUCCGGUGUUCCACUCCCUUUGUCGUAUGUGCCAUUUUGGGGGUUUGAUUUCACCGACAACAUGAACUUUGUACAGCGAGUAGAGAACGUCUUCACCUAUUCCCUUCUAUCUAUCCUGGGGCCUUGGCUUGCGACUAACACAUAUGACGAACUGGUCCGAAAGUACAUAAGUGAAAAAGAAACUAUUAAGAGCGUCGUUUCUAAUACUGACCUGUGGCUGUAUCAAACCGACCAUGUUCUGGAUUUCCCCGCUCCCUCCAUGCCAAACAUGGUUCAGAUCGGCGGGUUACAUAUCGGUGCAGUCUCUCCUCUCCCUAAGGAAUUAGAAACCUUCGUCCAGAGUGCUGGUAACGAUGGAGUGAUUGUUGUCAGCUUUGGAUCAAUCGUCAAAACGAUGUCGUCGAAGAAGACACGAAUCUUCGCUGCAGCCUUCGCCCGACUCCGACAGAAGGUGGUGUGGCGGUACACGGGAGAGAAGCCGGCCGGUCUGGGUAACAACACCAAGCUGAUGGCCUGGAUUCCUCAGAACGACCUACUAGGGCACCCCAUGACCAGAGCUUUUAUCACGCACGCUGGGGCCAGAGGCAUGUAUGAGGCCUUACACCACGGCGUGCCCAUGGUCUGUCUGCCUCUGUUUUUCGAUCAACCCGGCAACGCAGCGCGGGUGGUGGCCAGGGGACUGGGGGUGAAGCUGGAGUUCAGUACGGUCACUACUGACGAGUUAUACCAGGCCAUUACCCAUGUUCUCACCAACAACAGUUACCAUAAGACCGCAGCCCGCCUGUCCCGUCUCUACCGUGACCAGCCCCAGUCACCCAUGGAGCGGGCCGUCUGGUGGAUAGAACACGUCAUCAAAUAUGGCGGACUGCCCCAUCUCCGCGCACGCGCCGUGGAGCUGCCGUGGUACCAGUACCACCUGCUGGACGUAGCUGUGUUCCUGUUUGCUGUUUGUACAGCUGUCCUUGGGACUGUGUGGUACAGCUGUUCGUUCGUCUGUAAAAAGAUGCGAUGUAAAAUUGGAGCCAAGGUUAAGUCUCAGUAGAGGAAUAAGGUAACAAUGUUGGUAGAAGUAAUUCUGGACGUCCAACACAAAAAAAAACUGACUUAACUGAAUUGUCUACUGUUCAACUUCAUUCUUUGUCAAGGAAUGGAUCAGUGCUUCUGUGACGUCCCGUUAUGUAAAUAGCACACGUGACUAGGUGAGUAGUUGAUCAUAAGUUGCAGAAAGCCUAUGGCGCUCUCUCCCUCUAUUA